AUGUGCCAUAGAUCGCAUGUUGAUGGGUUUGAUGAUGAGAAAGAAGGGGUUGAUGGUGAUGAUGAAGAUGUGCUUCCCCCAGAAUGUGCUCCGGGGGGUCACUCUCUGCUCCAGAACCCAUACCGCAGCACCAGUUUCAGCUCCCGCAGCCUGCAGCAGUCAGCCCUCCAGGACUUCAUCUGUGACCAUUCCCUCAUACCAGGCUGGUACCAGUUCCAGAUCUUUGACAAGCCCGCCAGCAUGCCCACACAAUGUGUGGAGGUGAACCACUGUGGGACCCAGGCCCCAGUCUGGCUGUCUCUGGGGGAGGGCGAGAGCCUUCCCCGGCCCCUGGAGGUGACGCAUCUGACGGCCUGUGCCACCUGGCAGUUCUUCCUCAGCAGCAGUAAGGACUGCUGCCUGUUCCGCAUCCCUGUCACCGUGCGCAACUGUGGAGACUUCUACGUCUACCUGCUCCAGCCCACCCAGGGUUGCAUGGGCUACUGCGCACAGGAGAUGUCAGACUCUGCGGCUGUGGUGUGUGGUCCUGACGAGGUGGAGGUUGAUGGAGCGUGUAAAGCCAAACAUCCUCCUUCCCCAGCGGUACCUGUGAUAGUAGCAGAGCUCUCUGGGAGCAUCGUCUACCUGAAGUGCAGCUUCGAGGGCCAUAGCGUGAACAGCUCCCUAGGCUAUGUGGUUGCCUGGUCUCGCCUCUCCCCCCAAGGCAUCAAAGAAGAACUGAAACAAGAGAUUACUGUCCAAACCGUUGCCUUCAUCGAGCUGGACGGGAUCAACCUCCGACUGGGGGACAAGAUUUACUGCAGUUGCUCCAGUUUUUUCGUGGACUCGCCGGACAUCCAGGGAGCCCCAGCGGAGAGCGAAGAGUUCUUCGCCGGGAUCAGGUUGAGACCCGAGGUGACUACUGUGUCUGAGGAUGGGAAGGACUAUGAGUUGACUGUGGAGAGUACCAUCCCUGUCCCCUGCCCUGACGGUGCCUCCUCCUCCUCCACCACAGAGCAGUGUACUCUCUCCUUACACCUGAGUACAACCAAUCAAGGAGACGAUCUGCUGGGUCCAGACGUGGUGUUGACGUCGUGCCGGGUGGAUCUCUCCCAGAGCCUGGGGUGUCGUAACGGGGUGUGUAGCCAGGCCCUGGUUCACCUCAGUGCGGUCACAGACUUCCUCAGGGACGGGGACAGGACAACACAGAUCUUUGUCAAACCCAUCGUCAUAUCCAACUUCCUCUGGAGCGGCUACACACCACAGAGUGUGCAGAUCACAGUGACGGAUGUUCCCUCUGCAUACUGCUACUCUUUCACUGAUCCUCACAUCAUCACGUUUGAUGGCAGGCAGUAUGACAACUAUCAGAUCGGGACGUUUGUGUUGUACAAGAGCACAAGGCAGCCGUUCGAGGUUCAUGUGCGCCAGUGGGAGUGCGGGAGCGUUGUCCACGGCGCCUCGUGCACGUGCGGUUUCGUGGCGAGACACGGCGGUGACGUCAUAGCCUUCGACAUGUGCAAUGGAGAGCUGGGGGACACCAGGCCGCACCUGUCGGUGAAGAACAGGGACGUGGGCAAGAGUGGCAUCCGCAUCACUGAGUCUUACCAAGGACGCAAAGUCACAAUGACCUUCUCGUCUGGGGCAUUUGUGCGUGCCGAUGUGUCUGACUGGGGCAUGAGUCUGACCCUGAGGGCCCCCAGCUCAGACUGGAGCCAAACCCAGGGCCUGUGUGGGACGUAUGACGGACAGACCCACAAUGACCUCCACACAGCAGGUGGCGCAGCGCUGGACAACGAAGAUGUAGCAGCCUUCAUCUCUGAAUGGAAACUCCCUCCUGGUGGCAGCUUGUUUGACACCGUUCCGUCCUAUCAGACCGCCCCAAACCCUCGCAGGUACUGUAACUGUGAAGAGGAGUCCCACCCCACGUCCCCACGAACCAGGUCUCAGCCAAUCCCUGGCUCCGACUCCUCCUGUUCUCACCAUGGCAACGUGAGACUCCACAGUAUCAUCCCCACUCUGGAUGUCACUGCCGAAUACAUCAACUCAGUAGAGCUGUUCAAAGGCCACCAUGACCAGCCCUCAGGAAACUCCAAAGAGCACGGCCGGGCCGAGGACACCGCCGCCCAGCCUGUAGAGAGAGGCUCUACCCUAACAGGCUCCAGCAAUGGAGCCAACAACCAGAGGAGCCGUGGAAGGCGCCAGUCCUACCAGUUCCUCCCCGACACGCCCUACCAGAGCCUGAGCCAGUCCGACCUGGAGGGCUUCACCUACUUCUUCCCAGAGGACCACGAGCUGACGGCCCGGCCCGAGUCUUCCCCUCCCCCCACCUGGCCCACCCUGUCUGGGCUAACACAGCUCCAGGCCAGGGUGCAGUGCCAGCGGGCGGUGGCUAACUCCAGCAUGGCCCUGGGCUGCGGCCGGCUCUUAGGCCGGGCCAUAGUGAGCCAGGCGGUGGCUAUGUGUGUCAGCGACCUCCAGCUAAAGGACGACCAAGCCUGGGUGGGCGCCACUCUGCCUCUGCUUGAGAACGAGUGUGAGAGGAGGCUAGUGGAGGAGAGGGGGAGAGAGGAAGAGCACCAGGACAUGCUGUCCUUCCUCAAGUGUCCUAAUCUAUGUAAUGGGAAUGGGCAGUGCUCCAAGUUGGGGUGUGUGUGCUUCCCCGGGUUCGGCUCCUAUGACUGCAGCAUUAUCUCUGACCAGACUCCAGAGAUCACAGAGCUGGAGAACGAGGGACUGUGUGAUGUCAGACAGAGUGACUGCUCCACUGUACAGGUCUUUGGACAAGGCUUCAAAGACUCCUAUGAACUCAAGUGUGAAUUUUUGAAGGAAAAGUUUGUAGAUGGUGAGUGGACCCUGGACGAACCUCAGUUUACCCUGGCUACCUUCCUGGAUGUGUCAGGUCUGGAGUGUCAGCUCCCCCUGGAGUACAGACAAGCCACUGCAGGCCUGGACAUGGUUACGGCCACCAACAGACCCCUCGCACGCUGGCAGAUCAAAGUGUCCAACGACGGCUACGGCUACAGCAACGCCAAGAUCCUGACCCUGUUCGAUGGAGCCUGUCAGAUCUGCACGCUCAACGCUGAUGUUUUCUGUACCUCCAGGGAGAAAACAUGCAACAUUGACAGUGUGUGUUAUGGAGAAGGAGACCUCAAUCCCAGCAGCCCAUGCCUGAUAUGCCGACCAGACUCCUCCAAAUACACAUGGUCCAUCACUGAGAAGAAUGAGCCACCAGUGUUUCAGUCAGCGCAGGGGCGUCUGCAGACGUUCCAGGGAGAGAACUUUGUGUACCAGCUGCAGGCUCAGGAUCCAGAAGGCUCUGUCGUUCUGUUCACUCUGGAGUCAGGCCCCAGUGACACCACCCUCUCCCCCACUGGCCUGCUCAUCUGGAAGGCUACUGACACUGCUGCCGCCUCCUCCACGCAGACGAUUCAGUUCACUAUCAAAGACGAUUGUAGUGCUGAGACGCUUGCCUCUGUACAGAUCUCUCUGCGGCCCUGUGGCUGUCUGAACGGAGCUUCCUGUGUUACAAACAUCAACCUCCCCUCUGGCAGCGGGGAGUACCUAUGUGUCUGUCCUGCUGGCUUCACAGGGGACAGGUGUGAGGAGGACAUAGACGACUGUAAACCCAACCCCUGUCGUCUGGUCAAGUGUAUAGACGGACCCAACUCUUUCUCCUGCAUCUGUCCCCUCGGAAUGACCGGUCAUACCUGUAGAGAGGAUGUGGAUGAAUGUGCCGCAGAGCCAUGCUUCCCUGGGGUGGGCUGCAAAAACACACUAGGCUCAUUCACCUGUGGCUUCUGUCCAGAGGGUUACACUGGGGACGGGAAGAGUUGCAGUGGGUCCCACUCUCCCCCUCUCCCUGUCUCUGUUUCUAUCCCUCCCUCUGUAUCUCUCUUUCUCUCGGAGCCGUCCAGUGGUAAGGAUGAUGACUUUGAGCCUAUUCAUAGAGUGACCGUGCCUAUACCCGCUGUACCCACAGGAGGUCACCAGGGUUCUGGCACGGUUAAACCAUCAAACCAGGCCCCCUGCUCCAGACAACCAUGCUACCCAGGGGUGCAGUGCUUUGAGAGCACACACGUGUCCGUAGGGUACGUCUGUGGACCCUGUCCACCUGGGCUCCAUGGCAACGGACACACCUGUAGUAGAAGCACCACAACAGGACAGAGGCCAGUUACCACCAACAGAGAAGAUGGACGUCCUCAAGUGACGGAAGACUCCAGUAGGGAAAUCACUGGCACCACCUCCUCCUCUUCUUCCUCCACCUCCUUCUCCCAGAACAGGAGAAAAACUGAGGGGCCCUCAUUGGGUAGCAAGAGAGUCUUCUCCGUGGACAGAAAGACAUCUAUUAGCCCCCAGGACCAAACUAUCACCAGAGUCUCCACCCCCACCAAUCACAACCAAGGUCAGAGCAGCAAGGUGGAACUGACUCCUGACCUCAGCCACAGGGUGAGGUGGGGGUCAUUGUCUCCCAUAGUGACCUGUGCAGACUCUCCCUGCUUCUCCGGUGUGCCCUGCGAGCCCACUGUCUCAGGCUCCUUCAAGUGUGGCCGCUGCCCGUAUGGUUACACUGGAGAUGGGGUCACCUGCAAAGCUGUGUGCCGGUAUCCAUGUGGAAGGAAUAUGGAGUGCUCUCUACCCAAUACAUGCACUUGUAAAGAAGGCUAUACCGGAUAUAACUGCCACAUAGCUGUCUGCCGACCGGACUGCAAGAACCAGGGGAAGUGUGUCAGCCCAGAUGUGUGUGUCUGUCCCAUGGGCUACAGCGGACCAACAUGUGAGGAAGCUAACUGUGAGCCAUCUUGCCAGCAUGGAGGAACCUGUCUGGUCAGGAAUCUCUGCACCUGUCCUUACGGUUACGUGGGACCAAGAUGUGAAAUCAUGGUGUGCAACAGGCACUGUGAAAACGGAGGGGAGUGUAUUUCUCCCGAUGUGUGUAAGUGCAAGUCUGGCUGGUACGGACCAACAUGUAACUCAGCUGUCUGCAAUCCAGUGUGUUUGAAUGGUGGGACUUGUAUCAAACCCAACAUCUGCGCCUGUCCCGGUGGCUUCUAUGGCUCCCAAUGCCAGAUUGCUGUCUGCAGCCCUCCAUGUAAGAAUGGAGGUCAGUGUAUGAGGAACAACGUGUGCUCCUGCCCCGGGGGCUACACAGGGAAGCGGUGUCAGAAGAGUGUGUGCGACCCCAUGUGCAUGAACAAGGGGAAGUGUGUGGGGCCCAACUCCUGUUCCUGUGCCUCUGGGUGGAGGGGGAAGAGGUGUAACAUUCCUGUGUGCCUGCAGAAGUGUAAGAAUGGUGGUGAGUGUGUGGGACCCAACACCUGCCACUGUUCCACAGGAUGGGAAGGACUACAGUGUCAGUCCGCCAUCUGUAAGCAGAGAUGCCUCAACGGGGCAAGGUGUGUCCUGCCCAACUUCUGCCACUGCCGCAAAGGGUACACUGGCAUCACCUGUGGGUUAAAGGCCGCUCUUGCAUAAGGGAAAUGACUGAAGAUGCUGAAGUUUUACAAAAUACAUAGCGCAAAUGGAGUGUCCUUAUUAGGCAGUGUGAUCAUGAAGUGUGUGUGCCUGUAUGUGUGCUUGUGUGUGUGUGUAUCUUUGUACAUUAACUGAGGGGCCGGAUAUAUUGCACGUAUCUAAUUGUCCCUGUUUUGUUACUACCUCAAUGCUCAAGGUAGCACAUUGAUGUAAAGCCCUUGCAUAAGAAAUGCAUAACAUAUUCAUAAACAACGCAUAAUACUGUCUUAAACACUGCAUAUCCAUUCAGAAAUGUUUAUGCCAAUCGUGUUGAUGUCUCAAAAGCUACAUUUACACAGGCAGCCCAAGUCUGAUCUUUUUCCACUAAUAGGUCUUUUGACCAAUCAGAUCAGCUCGUUUAACAAUAAUUGGACAAAAGAUCAGAAAUGUGCUGCCUAUGUAAACGCAGCCAAACUAUGUAAUCUAACAGAGACAUUAAGUCAUGUAUUUUAAUGCAUACAAAUGUGUUUUAUAGUCCGUAUCCAAGGCUUUUAUAAAAAAAAAGUGUUACUGCACACAGUAUGUUGGAGUAAGAGAGGAGGAUCAGAUGAAAAACGAGUUGAUGGUUUAUUGAAGAACAAUCUGGCUCUAUAAGAUAUUAAUACCCACUUUUCUUUUUGAUUUGUUGUUCCUUGUUAUUGAUUUGGCCAAAGUUUUCAGCUCGGGUUUAUUGUGGUACAGAAAGCGUUUGUUUUUUGUUGCCUAAGCUGUUGUGCACUGUUUCAUACAGUACUUAAUAUGUAUUGAGAAAUAUCACUAUUCUUCUUUAUACAUCACACCUGCCCUUGGAAAUGUUAUUAGCUUGUUUGAUUUUUAGGGCCACUUGUCUGCAAUUGUUUUGAAACUGUUGACGAGAUCUGUUGUAAGUAAUCAAUUCAGAUAUACUUGAUCAAUUUUGUACAUUAUACUGUACAUAGGUCAAAACAUGUGUUAUUUUAACAUUUACACCGCGUUGUAAACCACGCAUAUGGAAACAAAAUAAAAAAGUUAGUGUCAUUUGCUUUAA